ACGUUUUCUCCGUAAGCCAAAUGUAGCAGAGGCGAGUGAGCAGUUUGGUCAGCUGGCUAAGGAGCUGAAGCAGCAGGAUUGGCUUCAGUAUGCUGCCUUCUGUAACCUGGCCAUGGCACGUCCAGCAGCAGAGUAACCACCGGGUUUUUCAUCAAACCGCUUGGAACUGAGAUAAGUUGGAUGCAUGAUUUACUAGCUGUCUAUUUGUGAUGACCCUGAUCAGAACCAAACACUCUACAGGUAAACUAACAUCAUAUUAGUAAGAAACAGCUAGCUCAUCUCUACAACCAGCCUGUAGCUGAGGGGUGAUGCUGGUCUGUAGUUAGCGUAGAGAAACGCCACCUUUUUUCCUUUAUUUACAUGUUUGUUGUAUUCUUGGUCCAACGAGGCCUCGUGUAUGUUCCUUUACUAGUUUAUUUAAAUACAACAAACACUUAUGACAAAAUCUUUGGCUGUUUGGACCAAAGAUCCAGAAUACUAAACUUUUUUCUUCAUUUGGGUUCUGCCUCUUCAACGGCUGAGUUUCAAGUCUUUGCAGAAAGAGACGGUUGUCUAUUUCAGAGCCGUCUAAAUAUAGACAGCACCCUCUGCUGGAAGCACAUAUAAUGGCAAUAAGGCAAACUUUCUCAGCUUCCUCCUUCCUGUGUUAAAGAUUAUUGACGUUCUUGUCAUUUGUUUUGGUGUCAAACAAAGAAAGAGGACGUUUCCUCCCCCAUCAGAACCAGGGUGGGUCGUUUAGUUCAGUAAUGGAUGCAGACAUCUUCAGACCUCACUGGAAUAAACCAGACGGGUCUCAGAAACCUCUGUUGCACUGAUUUAUUAGAACCCGCCCCCUGUGGUGCUGCCUUUAGGUGUGAGCAGACUCUCUUUAACGCUCCUGGAGAAGCUCUGGCUCUAACCGAUGCUGCGCGGCUCUUCCUCUCAUCGGAGAAGGAGAUCAGAGCCCUGCAGGCUCCGGGCUUUGACGAACACCUUCAAGCUGCACUCAACUGCUACAGCUUUGCUAUCAAGGUGUACAUCGAGAUGAACCAGCCUGUCAUGGCAGCCAGUCUGUGUUUGGAAGUUGGCAACGCUCUUAAGGAGAUGAGCCGACCGGGAGAAGCAAUCGUUCACUUUCAGAGGGCUGCAGAGCUACAGACUCAGACUCCCAUUGAAGCUUUGCUCUCAAUGGGGGAGAUGGCCACCUGUAAAAUCCUCACCCGUGACUACGAUGGUGCUCUGUCCGUGUUCACGGAGAUGCAGCUGAUGUGUCAGGAGCGAGGACUGCCGCUCCCAGGCACCUCCACUCCUGUCGGGGCCUUUCUGGACAUAGUGGCUAAAUGUGAGAUAUCCCGAGUGCUGCUGCUGAUGCUGCUUGAGCCACCACCUCAGAAGUUGCUACCGGAACACGCUCAGACUUUAGAGAAAUAUGCAUGGGAGUCGUUUGACCCUCACAGCCAAGUGACCUUCCUGCCUGAGAAUGUGUUCCUGCUGCUGCAGUCUGUGGUGAUGGCGUGUCAGGAGAAAGACACGGAGUCCCUGAAGUCCCUUCAGACUGAGCUGUGGCCAUUUCUGACUGCGGAGCAGAACCAUCUUCUCCACCUGGUGGUUCUGGAGCGAAUCGCACCUUCCGGUCAAGGCAUUUAGCGCCGUCCAACUCAACUCACUUCCUCUGGGAACAAUACUUUAUGUAAUGGAAUAUUCCUGUUUCUGACUGGGCCUGUUGUAAGGCCUGAAGAGAGGCUGUUUUCUACAUUUAGAUGUUGUGAUUUGCGGUCAGAGGAAUGCACGCGACACAAAACUCUCUUUUGACUCAUGCAAAUUUAGAAAACACCAAACGUUGGCUAUGCUUUAACGAAGUUAUUUUUAUGCUGUGUGCAUAUUUCAGUAAAAGAAACGUGACAUCUCUUAUUUAUUAUGGUGAAAGAAUUUACUGUAUUUCCUGUUUGAAUAAAAAAAAACACACACAUUUCAUGUUUUAUUUAACUUUAUUAAUAAAUGUCAUGGCUUAAAUUCCACAGUAAUAACAAACACACUUACUAAUGCAUAGUUCUGUUAUAUGAUGUAAGAAAACUACUGUCCUCCCUGGAUUGUCUAAUAUUCACUUGUACAAAUGUACGCAUGUUACGUUAGCAGCCAACUACAGACACACAGUAUAAAACACAAAUGACUAAAACAUAUGAUUACGUUGUACAUAGAGGGUACAUAAUAUGCUAAAGUUGUAAACUCAUUCUAAAUGAAUAAAUGUCUUAUGAAGAAAGGCUCA